AUGCCGCCGAUCCGAGCAAAGUUCCACAGAAAGGAUCCACAGUCUUCACCACUUCUUACGAAGAAGAUGGUCACCGUGGCUCUUAGCAAUGGAGCGGCAUUUUGGCAAAGGUGGAACCAGUAUAGGGCGGAAAUUCACAAGUUCCUUAGUGUGAAGCAAUGCCAAAUCUGGGCUGCCGUCCGACAAAUGAAACAUGUACUCCACAUAUGUAGGGUCGUAGGUACCAAAGUACACGGAGGAGAUGGACACAUCAUUAGUUCAAGUGCAGAUAGAGUGAAGUGGAAAAGGUCAAUGCUCUCAGGGGGGACUAGAAUAAGGUAUCGACAAAUAUACCCAUUGCCUAUCAAUUUGUUUUUCACAGGUGACUCAAGUGAACCUCUCGUUUAUGAUAUUCUUCAACUGAAUGUGCCGCACAAAGGCCGUCUCAUGCUCCAGUCGGCACAGCAUUCGAGAUAUCGCAGUAUAUUUUCAUAA